GUCGCUGCCUCUCUUGUUGGUCGGUACAGGCUUGGUGCUGACACCGGACAAAACAACACAGAUGGAGCGCUUCAUAUUUUGCAUGUGUCUGCUGGCACUGGGUGCCAUGGCGGCACCAGCUUCGCAGUCGGCAGCAGGCUAUCGAGGGUAUAAACUCCUGUCAGUUAAGGCUGAAACUCCUGAUCAGGUUCAGCUGUUGAACCACUAUGCCGAAGUAGAUGAAACACUGGACUUCUGGACACACCCUAGGCUGGGCAGUUACGCUGACGUCAUGGUGCCCCCGAGCAGCUUCGCGCCGUUGGUCCGCAGCUGGACACAGGCUGGCUUGAACGUCACAGUCAAGCAGAACGACGUGCAGGCCAUGAUCGAGGAGGUUGAGGUCCAGAACCAGGCGUACAAGCUGUUGAUGACUGCGACUCCAUACACCAGUUUGAACCACAAUCAGUACUACACAUACAACCAGGUUGUAGCCCACUUGCAGACGUUGGCCAACAACUUUCCGAGUUUGACGAAGUUCGACUCAAGCGGCAAGAACCCAGAUCGUCCGAGGACAGAAGGCGGGAAGAUUAUCCACUUUAUUGAGGCGGGCGCACAAAUGGGCCAGAAGCCUGUUAUUAUGCUCGAGGUCAACAUCCAUGCCAGGGAGCACAUCACUGCUGCUGCUAUGCUGUACACUUUGGACUGGCUUCUGACAAACUACGCUACCCAGGCUAACGCCAAGGCCAUACUAGACAACUAUCACCUGGUAGUGGUUCCAGUGGCCAAUCCUGAUGGCUAUGACUACUCCCACCAAAGCUCUUCAACCAGACUGUGGCGAAAAAAUAGAAGAUACCUCUCUUUGCUCUGUACUGGAGUUGAUCUCAACAGGAAUUUCGCAGAGCCAAACUUUGCAACGUCCAGCUCGUGCUCCUCGGAUACCUACCCUGGCCCCUACGCUUCAUCGGAAGCAGAGACCCAAGCUAUUGAAAAAAUAUUCGAAGCCUUCAAAGCCAGAAUGGCCAUCUACCUGCCAGUCCACUGCUACUCCCAGGUCCUUCUCACACCCUACUCUAGCUCCAGCACCGGCUCCAUGCCCUGUAACGGAGCGCAACACACGACUGGUGGGAGGCUGAUGGCUGAUGCUAUAAAAGCCGUGGAUGGAAGGACAUUCGGUGUCGGAUCAGCUUAUUCGCAGAUUGGUUAUUCUGCUAAAGGAACAUCCGGGGACUGGGCACUGUACGCAAAACCUGGAGUCGUCUCCAUUGCCUAUGAACUCCGUCCAUCGUCCAACACCAGCAAUGGCUUCGUGUUGUCGGCCAGUGAGAUCGUCACAGCUGGCAAGGAGCUGCUCAACAGCCUGGUCGCCAUUGCCAACUACGUCAGGGGCCUCACAACCAACCCCUGCGCCUCAGGCUGAAAGCCGCUGUUGAUUGCUGUCAAAUAAACGGAACACAGCUGUAGACAUCAA